AUGAGCAAAAUGGCUGAAGGUCUCAAGAGCCGAGUGAGCUCAGAGAUGGUGAGUGAUGUCAAUAUCAUGCAGAUCUCAUUGCAACUUCUUCUCAUCCACCAUCUCAUGGCCUGUUCCUGGUAUUACGUCGGCACUGUAGAGUCGGAUGGAUGGGUCGCCAAGAACAUGUUUGUUGCGUCGGUUUCGUACAAGUACACAACGUCCCUCCACUGGACCUUCUGCCAGCUGGGCUUUGGUGGCACAGAGAUCGAACCUGUGAACACGGCUGAGCGGAUUUUUGGUAUCCUUGUGGCGCUUUUGGCCCUGGCCAUCUUCUCCACUUUACUGGGAACCAUCGCCAGCCAUAUGGCCACGCUGUCGAGGAACACGGAGGAGAGGCGCAGCCUUUUCCGGCAGCUCAGCAAGUUUCUAGGCCGGCAGCACAUCCCUGCGGAGCUUGCCCUGCGUAUCCGAUGUUUCCUGGAGCAUGCCUACAACUUGAAGCAGCAGACCGUGCUUGAAACGAAAGUACCGUUGCUGGACCUACUCUCCAAGCCUCUACGUGGCGAGUUGCACUGCGCCAGAUAUGAGGGCCACCUGAGGCAGCUGGACUUUCUUCUGCUGCUGUCAGAGACCCAGCGAGCAGAUGCUGUGCGGCGCCUGGCUCACAGAGCCCUGCAGCAGCGGACCUACGCGGCCACGGACUCCAUCUUCGAAGCAGGCAACAUUGCCUCAGAGGCAUAUUUCUUGACAAAGGGUGCUUUGUCGUAUGUGCUGGGCUCUGAGAAGCACUCCGUCACGAAGUGCCGCUGGCUAGCCGAGAUGAGCUUAUGGACUCCGUGGCUACACCUGGGCGAGCUGACGGCUUCGAAAGAUUCCGAGGUGCUAGCCAUCAAAGUGGAACAGUUUCAUGACUCGAUGCGACGCUCUUAUGACAUCCUUCAUAUCGCGCACCAAUAUGCUGCAGACUAUGUCGAGGCCAUGAAUCACUUUGUGCUUGUCACAGACCUGUGGCAGAAGAUUUCGGACCCAGCGAGACAUGACGAGCAACCCAUCGAUCCUGCUGGAUCACCAACGCUCCAGACAAAUCGUUCCAAGAAGUCUGCUGGAGGCACCCGUGGCUGGCUCACAACGCGUUUUCAGAGACUUGUUUCCAAGCGCAAGAUGGCUGACUUCAGCCAAAUCGCCCCUCUCAAUUGA